UUCCGCUUCCUCCAGGCAGAGCGGGUAAUUCGAACGUUUAGGUCUCCGUCGGCCCUCUGGGUUGGCGCGAGCUCCGGCGGCAGAGACGGCGGCCAAGAUCGAGACCAAGGCUAACAUGUCCGAGAGGCGAACGCGGUCCGGAGGGGCCGCCCAGCGCUCUGGGCCCGGGGCCCCAUCUCCUACUCAGUCUCUGCGGAGAUCCCAGCGGAAAUCGGGCUCUGAUCUCCCGAGCACCCUCCCUGAAAUCUGGCCCAAGGCACCCCAUGCGGCUCCAAUCAGAAAGCCCAUCGUUUUGAAGAAGAUUGUAGCCCGUUCUGUAGAGAUCCCGCCUGUCCAUACGCCUCGAAGGAGCCCAAGGAUUGCUUUUUUCUUGGAGAAGGAAAACAACCCUCCUAGCAAGGAGCCUGCUAAGGAGGACCUCUUCAAGGCACGUGACCUACCCAUCACUCCCACCGCCACCCCGGUGCUGCACCCCCUGAAUGUUGAGUCCAACUCCAGGGCAGAAGAGCUGGACGCCAGGGACUUGGAAAUGUCCAAGAAGGUCAGGCGAUCCUACAGCCGGCUGGAGACCUUCGGCUCCGCCUCCACUUCCACCCCGGGCCGCCGGUCUUGCUUUGGUUUCGAGGGGCUGCUGGGAUCAGAAGAGUUGGCCCGAGUCUCACCUGUGGUGUGUUCCAAGUUAGCCGAGGCCCCCAGGGUCCCUGUGAAGCCCUGGGCCCCAGAUACAACUCUCCCCGGAAUCUCCCCGCCAGCCGUGAAGGAAAAGCGCAAGAAGAGAAAGGUGCCGGAGAUCCUGAAAUCGGAGCUGGAUGAAUGGGCUGCGGCCAUGAAUGCGGAGUUUGAAGCUGCUGAGCAGUUCGAUCUCCUGGUUGAAUGAGAUGUGGGGGUGUCCCUGGCCAUCCUCUCCCCUCUCCUGUACAUAGCUCCUCCUCCCCAUGGGGAAGACGCUUGGGGUCCCCUCCCGUGGCCUCGUGCCCUGUACGUAAGCUGCUGCUACGUGAGGCCUGCGUUCCUCAGGGCUCGUGCGCUGGCAACAGCCGUCUCAGGAAAUGGGGCUCGCUGGGCCUGGCCACGCACUGCUGUCCUGUGUCUGGCCUGACCCACCAGCCUCUCCCUGCCUCCCAGCGGAGCCUCGCCACUUUCCAGCUGGGCCACACACUAGGGCGUAGGAGUUGCUGGUGCAGCCAGAGGAGGGGAGAGGGCUGGGAUUGCUGGUGAGUGGGGACCUGGGCCGUUGUUGGGAAAGGCGGCUACUCUGCACCAGCCAGACCCCAGCCCCGAGGCACAGCGGCCUCAGGCCUUCCCCCUGUGUUGUCUUCCAUCGGGGUCCUGGUUCCCAGCUACCAGCCUAUUUAUGUAAAGAGGCUUGGGUUCCCUCUUAGAUUCUGUAGAUGAGCCAGGAGAGAACGUGUGGGCUGGGGAGAGUUCUGUCUGUGAGAGGAAGACACUGGACACUAGAAUUUUACAUGUUGAAGUAGGGAGGAAGCCUUGACUCGGGUCUCCGACCGGAAGCGUUUACUCGGAGAAGCUGUGUUUGAUCACUGUGCUCCGCUGUUGAGAUGUUCGGUUAAACGCCAGGCGGCUGGGGCACUGGCUGCUUGGGGCAAAGACAGUGCAUGUCCGGGUGUGGCCGUCAGUUGCUGGAAACUGAGGCCCGGGCCUCUGGACCAGACACCUGCCCAGGGAAGGGGGUUGUGGCCCGAGGUGCCCGCUUGUCACUCAUACCUAUUUCUUACAAAACCAAGAUUCUACUCCACUCUAGGGGGGAAACGGGUUGUACGGCCCUAAUCCUUAUCCUAGACCUUCUAGCUUUCUAGCUACCCCCACGCCCGUGCAUCUUCUGCGUUCCCAGGGUCAUGGCAGCAGAGGCUGCGAGGAGUGUGGCAGGGCUGAUGGGUAGCAGAAUGUCGGGGAAGAUGCGCUCGUGCUCGGUUAGGGGACUUGAGACCCCAGGGCAGGCCUGGCGGGCACUAAUGAGAGCCCUUGCGAGGCCUGGGAGCCCGGGGCUACCUGUUCAACGCUUCGUGCUUUGUCAAACCCACUCUGGCCUCCAGCAAGUCCCCUUGCCCGGGGUGGGCGCGGAUGCCCCGGAGUUGGACAGCUGAAGAAUUCUCGUCCUUGCCGGCAGGUGGGGCGGAACUCCUGGGAAGUGUCUUAGUCCUGCAGAGUCGGGAGUCACCAGGUGAUGUGGAGUUGAUGUCAUCGUUGCAAAUUCUCUCUGUCCCUGAAAAAUUAAGACUGUGGAAUAUAAGGAAAAAUUGUGUUGCUGUUGUUUGAAUAAAAAAAAUCCCGAUUAAA